AUGGAUCUCCUCUUCCAGAAAUCCCUCACCGACGUCAUCAAAUCCCUCCGAGCCGCGCCGUCCCCCGCCGAAGAGGCCAAGAUCCUCGCGAAAACCCUCCGCGACGUGCGGCGCGAGGUAAAGUCGUCGGAUCCGCGCAGCAAGGCGGCAGCACUAGAGAAGCUCCUAUACCUGUACAUGCUGGGGCAGGCGGGCGGCUCGGACAUCGCGUGGGCGGCGUUCCCGUCCGUCGAGGCCAUGGGGUGCCACCGCAGCUUCGCCGUGAAAUACGUUGGCUAUCUCGCCGCGGCGCAUAGUCUCUCCGCGGCGCCUGACGUGGCAGUGCUCGCGACGCACCAGCUGCGCAAGGAUCUUACCGGGCAGCACCCGCACGACGCGUCGCUCGCGCUCUCGUGCAUCGCGUCGGCGGCGCCGCCGGGGCUGGCGGCGGAGCUGACGACGGAGGUCGUGGCGCUGCUGAACGGCACGCGCGUCGCGGGGCGACGCAAGGCCACGCUGGCGAUGCUUAGAAUCGUGCACCAGCAACAGCAACAACAACAGAGUAGCGCGAGUGGCGGGGUGGGAGGAUCAGGAGGAGCAGGCGACGACGACGAGCUGCCUGCGCUGCUCGCGAGGCUCGCGGAGCGCCUGCACGACAGCGACAGGGCGGUGGUAACCGCCGUGGUUUCGCUGGUGUGCGAAUUAGUCCUGCACGAGCAGCACCAGCGCCUCGCAGGCAGCACCCCUAUCGACCCAACCCUCCAAUCCACCCCUUCACAAGCACAGCAAACCCAGCAGCAGCAGCAGCGCGCGGGCUCGGGCAAGCCACUAGCGUCCAAAUACCUGCCUCUGGCGCCGGAUCUGUUCCCGCUACUGCACCCGUCGUCGUCCCCCUGGCUGCUGAUCAAGCUCGUCAAGACGUUCGCCGCGCUCGCCGCCGCGGAGCCCCGCGUGGCGCGCAAGGUGGCGGAGCCCCUGGCGGCGCUGCUGCGCGCCACGCCCUCCAAGUCGCUGCUGCUCGAGUGCGUGCGCGCCGUCGCGCUCAGCAUGCGCCACGUGGACUCCCUGCGCCAGCUGGCCAUCCGCGUGGCCGCCACGCGGCUAGUAGCAAACGAACCCCUGUCUGCGGAUCCUGGCGCGGGCGGCAGCGCAGGGGACGGUUGCGGCGGCGCUGGUGGCGGCGCUGCAGGUAGCAGCACUAGCGCAGCGCCGGCAGCGGUGGUGGGGGCACACGACGCGAACGUGCGUCUGCUGGGGCUGCGGGCACUGGAGAUGUUCCUCCCCCACCACGCCCUCGAAGUUCUCCGCUACAAAGCCGCCAUCAUCGCAUCACUCGACGAUGCAGACCCCGCCGUGCAGUCCGCAGCUCUACGCCUGAUCACGGUGCUCGUCACGCGGCCGUCGCUCGUGCCGUCGGUGGCGGCGCUGCGUCAGCGCAUGGCGGGGGCAGCGGCGGCGCGCAGCCCGCUGUGUGGCGAGCUGGUGACGGCCGUGCUGCAGAUGUGCGGCGCGGGGGGGUUUGAACGCGUGACCGACUUCGUGUGGUAUGUAGACGUGCUACAGGACAUCUGUUACGUGGCGAUUGUGGGUGGGGGUACCUCCUCUGCCAGCCUCGCUCUGCCCUCACACGCAGGUGCCGGAGCAGCAGCAGCAGCAUCAGCAGCAGCAGCGGAUGAGAGUGUGUGGUCGCUGGCGCCCCUAGGAAACCCAUCAGACAGCUCCCAUGGGUACGGCCGCAGAGUGAGUGGUGGCCUGGGUCUCACUCAUGCCCUAUCGGCGGGUGCAGCAGUGGCAGACGCAUGGGCGGGCAGUGAGAGGGGCAGGGAGGUGGGGCGACACCUGGUGGCAGUGGCAUUAGGGUUGCCCGUGCCAGUGGCAGAUCGGCCGCGAGUGAGAGCAGCAGCGCUGCACCUGGCGCUGCGCCUGGUGGGGGAUACGGCGCUGCUGAGGAGCAGGGCGGGCGGGGAUCAUGUGCUGGCUGCUGCAGCGUUCCUUCUGGAAUCAGCAGGUGCGUUGGACUCGUCGCUGUCCUCGCUGCUCGCGUCCCUGCUGCAGCCUAGCGUGCUGCUUCUGCCCCCGGCGACCCAGGCUGUGUUCCUACAGGCCGCCCUCAAGGUGCUCCUCGCCCUCACAGCACGAGCCACACCCGCGCGCCUGCUGCCAGGGGGGUCACCAGCAGCAGCAGCUGGGAGCAGCCUUGGAGCAGGAGGAGAAUCGCCAGACGUGGCGGUUAGUGGUGGCUGUGAGGCGGCAGGGAGAGAGGCGCUCACAGGCGCGACGAGCAAAGCGCAGCUGCUGCAGCGGGGAGGCUGGCGCGGCGCACAGCGGCAGGCCGCGGGGCGCAGUGGGCUCUGGGAUGGAGGGGAGGGCGCUCGCGAGUGGGGCGCGCGGGAGCAUGCAGCGGAGCAGCAGAUGCUGAGACUCGCGGACAAGGCUUUUAAGCGCAACGAGCAACAGAGGAAGGCAUGGGCGUAUGAGCGCAAGCAGGCAAUCGCAGCGGGGCGAGAGGACGAGGAGCAGGGGGGCACGGAGGCCACACUCUCACACCUCAUCCCCACCUUCCCCUGCCCCCGGGAGCAGCGCCUGGGGGUAUGGGCCGAUGGGGGCAAGUGGGUUUGUGCAGUGCGGUCAGCCUUUCAGCGCCAUCCCGUGGUCUACAGCUCACAGCAAGGGGACGGCCCUGGCCAUCCAAUAACGUUUCCGAGGUCCCCAUGCGUCCCCCCCCAUUCCCACCGCACCAGUAUCGGCAGCAACGAGGAGUUCUCAUUCGAGCAGGACAUCGGGUCCCUCCUGCACACCACACCGCUCACCUUCGACCCCUUCGUGCCCCCCGCCUUUGCCGACUUCAUGAACCAGUCCCUCCACUGCCUCUCCUUCUUCUCCACCGGCCUCUCCUCCCACGCAAGCCUUGAGAAAACCCGCGCUGAGAACCCCGAGCAGGAGUUUUUGACGCUGCCCGGGUUGAUGGCGCGGCACGGGCAUGCGUAUCUGCCCCACGUGGGGUGGUUGAAAGAGGAGGGGGAAGAGGAGGGUGUGGGGGGUGGUGAGCGGAGGAGGGAAGGACGGGGGGAGGUGGUGGUUGGUGGUGGUGGAAGGAGGGGGUUAGAGGGGACGGGGGUGGUGGCGAGAGGCGGUGGCGAGGGCAUGGUGCGAGGUGGUGAGGGGGGGAAGGUUCCUUCGGUGGGUCAGAUCCUGGUGGAGAUGCAUAGGGUGAACGACUCAGCAGCGACGCUGGCAGUGGUGCGGCAUCUGGAGCAGCUGGGCUACCGCCUGUUCCAUGUGGAGCCCAACCCCGUUGCACCUGCACACUGCGUGGAGCUCGCCUUGAUCCACCAGCACCUCGUUGCUGUUUGA